CGGUACUGGGUAGUGUUCUGCGGAAGUUGUUCUUUGAAAAUGCCUUCGCCAAAGGUUACCGCGAUCGGGUCCGGUGAAAGUGUGGUCAUAUCCGGGAUAUCAGGGAGGUUUCCUCAAACGGAUAACUUACGGGAGUUUGCUCGUAAUCUGUACGAGAAGCGGGAUCUGGUGGAUGAUAGGGAGCUUCGAUGGAGGCAUACGAUGCAGGACGUUCCGAGGCGGACGGGAAAAAUCAAUCGGAUUGAUAAGUUCGAUUGUGAUUUCUUUGGGGUCAAGCGUAGGAUGAGUGAUACGAUGGAUCCUCAGCUGCGGAUGCUGAUCGAGCAUUCGUUCGAGGCAAUCCUGGACGCCGGAGUAAAUCCGGAAAGUGUGAGGGGCUCGUGUACCGGAGUGUUUUGCGGGGUGUGUUUUUCAGAGACAGAAGCACGGUUGUUUUUCAAGGCAUGUCCCCCGAAGGGAUUGGCAGUUUUGGGGUGUGCCAAAUCGCAACUGGCCAACCGGUUGUCGUACCUGAUGGAUUUGAAGGGGCCAACGUUUGUGGUAGAUACGGCCUGUAGCAGCUCGAUGUAUGCCCUGGAUGUGGCCUACAAGAGCAUCAUGAAUGGGGAAUGUGAAGCGGCCAUCGUGGCGGGAACGAAUCUUACCCUGCAUCCGUACAUUACCUAUCAGUUUGCGUUGCUCGGAGUGUUGGCCAAGGAUGGCUACUGUCGGCCGUUCGACAAGGACGCAAACGGAUAUUCCCGAUCGGAAGCUGUUUGUGUGGUGUAUCUGCAGAAAGUGAAAGAAGCCAAACGUAUCUAUAGCUAUCUGGUUCAUUCCAAAACCAAUUGCGAUGGGUUUAAGCCCGAAGGUAUCACCUAUCCAUCUGGGAUGGUUCAGCAACAGCUUUUGCAGGAAUUUUAUUCGGAGGUCGGGAUAAGCCCUUCUGAAGUAGAUUUUGUGGAAGCUCACAGCACAGGAACCUUCGUUGGAGAUCCUGAAGAGUGCGAUGCACUGGAUAAGGUUUAUUGCACGGGUAGGGAUCGUCCACUUCCGGUGGGUUCGGUGAAAUCCAGCAUUGGACAUUCGGAGGCUGCCGCCGGCGUUUGUUCGAUUGCCAAGUGUAUCAUUGCGAUGGAAAACGAUCUGAUUCCGCCGAACAUUAACUUCACCCAGAACAAACCAACCAUUCCGUCCCUUGUUGAAGGUCGAUUAAAGGUUGUCAAUGAACCAACACCCUUGGAAGGUCCCCUGGUUGCAAUCAAUUCGUUCGGAUUCGGCGGAGCCAAUGCUCACGCAUUAAUGUGUAGAAAUCUACGCGAUAAGAGAAAUCGUGGACUUCCAGAUGACAGUAUUCCUCGAUUGCUGGUGUGGUCAGGCAGACACAAGGAAGCUCUAGAAGUCAUGCUACAGGAUGUGGCUCAAAGACCACUGGAUACAGAGUUCAUUUCAUUGCUCUACAACAUCCAGCAGAAGCCCAUCGUAGGUCACCGUUAUCGAGGAUUCGGUAUCUACAGAAAAAAUGGAGCCAAACCUGCACUGCUACAAGAUUAUUUCAUCGAUCGAAUUAAGCUGGAUACUCUACCAUUGGUAACCAUUUUCAGUGGAAUCAAUCCACUAUGGAAACAGGAGCUUGAAGUGUUGCGUCAGUUUGCUCAAGUUGACGUAACAGCUGCUAAAUGUGAAAAGUAUCUCAAGACACUGAAGUUCGACAUGAUGAGGAAACCGAGUCCAAAGGAAGGCAUACUCUUCAACAUGGUCGGAACAACUGUUCUUCAAAUAGCUACCGUAGAUUUACUUCAAUCGAUCGGCUUGGAGUUCGAUUACUAUGCAGGUCAUUCGGUUGGCCAGUUUACCUGUGCCUAUCUGGACCGUAGCAUAACUUGGGAACAGGCCGUCCUGCUGGCUCUUUGGCAUGGCUUGGCCUAUUGUGACUGUGAUGCGGCCUGCGAACUUUCAGCGUUUGUUAAAAUCAAUUCCAAACUUCAAAAAAUUCAACUUGAACACAUUCGGAAAAGCGAAGAUUCCACGUUCGGAGUUAUCAGUGGAAAUGAACGGUCCAUCAUCGAGAAAAACCGUCAACUCAGACUAGCAGGGUUGCUUACAGAGAUCCUACCUUUCCUAAGUCUAAGAUGUGAACCUUCCAAAAAUAAACAUCUCAAUAACAAGCUCCACCAAACGGUGAACAAGCUUAUGCGCAGUAUUCGGCCACCGACCAAAAAGUGGCUCACUGCAGCCAUCCCGAAAACGUCCGGCAUCUAUUACACAUCGAAGUUGCACAGCACGGUAUCGGUGGUUAAUUUGCUGAGCAAAAUCCCUAAGCACACCUUUCUGAUGGAGAUCGGAACGGAUAGGACAUGUGAAACGGUGUUCAACAUUCUGAACUGUAAACCGAGCUACAUUGCCCAGGGAGUCGAAACGUCCGACUAUCUGUGUCGGUUGUUGAGGAAGAUUGGAUUCCUUCACCUAGCCUGUCGGAAUUUAGAUCUUGCCAAGCUGUACCCACCGAUCCAGUUUCCGGUAUCACGGGGCACCCCAAUGAUCGCUCCUCUGGUUCGCUGGGAUCAUCGGGAGUCGUACUUCGUGAUGACCUACAGCUGGGAGGAGAACAACAUGUCCGGACUGAUCAGCGUCAAGAUAUCGCUCUCGGAUCAGAACCACAAGUACAUCGUGGGGCACUGUAUCGACGGGAGAAUCCUGUUUCCAGCGACUGGCUAUCUGCAGCUGGUGUGGGAACUGAUGACCUGCCUGGCCCAUCGGGAGCUGAACGAUUUCCCAAUUCAAUUCGAGGAUGUGCGGUUUCUGAGGGCUACAACGAUUGCCCGGGGUCAGGUCGUGACCCUGGCGAUACGGGUUCAGGAUGCGUCGGGAUUCUUUGAGAUUUUGGAAGGUGAUACUGUCGUUGUUACUGGAUACGCGAAAUGUCUUUCGGACGAUUGGAAGGUUCCAGUAUUGGAGGAUCAACCGAGUAAUGCGGUGAUCGUACCGACUAGAGAUUUCUACAAGGAACUUCGAUUGAGAGGCUAUUUCUAUACCGGUUUGUUUAAGUCUGUACUGGAAGCUCGCACCGAUAGUACCUAUGCCAAGGUACAGUGGAAUGGCAGUUGGGUUCCGUUCCUGGACUGUCUACUGCAAGUUGGUAUCAUCGGACUGGAUACUCGGUCCCUGGUAGUUCCGACGGCUAUCGACAAGAUUGUAAUAGCUCCCAAGCUUCACCAGGCCCACUUGCAGACAGAUGGAGAUGGUAGAGAGUUCUACACGGUGAAAAAUUGUUUAAAAACUGGGGUUCUCGCCUGUGGAGGUGUCAUGUUGUGUAAUCCUCAGGUUAAAACGAUAGAACGGAGAAAUCCCCUAGGUGUUCCAGUGCUUGAAAGCUAUCGAUUUGUGCCGUAUCACUCAGGAGUUAUGAUAUCUGCCGAAGAAGCUAUAAGAAUGUGCGUUCAGAUAGCUCUCGAGAAUGUGCUCAUGUACACGGUUAACGUAGCCGAAGUUCAUAAUCAGAAUCUUACUCCGGUUGUUCAAAUGUUCGGUAACGCUAUUGCAGAUAUUCCUUUGAUCAAAUCAAGUUUAACUCUGCUUACGAAUGAACCGAUUCAAUUGGAGAAUGUAGCCGUCAAACCAGAAUCUUUCGGAGAGCUCUCGAAUAUUCUCUUCCUGGUCACUGAGAAUAAUUUAGCCAACCCACAGUUUAUCCAAUCAGCUAUCGGUUGCUUAGAGAGCGAUGGAUACGUUCUACUCAGGGAGAAAAUCGACUCGAAAAUAAUGAACUUCAGUCUACCGGAUCAAUUUGAUCUGAUCGCGACAUUUUUGGUCGAUACAGAGGAGAUCUUUACAUUGUUGAGGCUGAAAUCAAAGUUUGUGAGCGAAACACCCGUUCCGAUUCAAAUCAACUCGUCAAGCCUGGACUGGCUAGCGGAAGUGAAACAAUCGGCAAAAACCCGCCCAUUAGUGCUGUACUCUCAGAAUGACUCGAUCUCAGGAGUUAUCGGUCUGGUGAACUGCAUUCGCAAAGAGCCCGGUGCUCAGAAUGUCCGAUGCGUUUUUAUCGACGACCCUAAUGCUCCACUUUUCUCGCUAGAUAAUCCAAUCUACAGUAAGCAGCUUGAGCUGAAUCUAGCCAUCAACGUGCUGAGGAACGGAGUCUGGGGUAGCUAUCGACAUGCCUUGAUCUCUCGGGCAAUUCGAAUGGAACCGGUGAAGCAUCACUGUUACGCUAACUGCCUUACUCGGGGAGAUCUAUCAUCGCUCAUGUGGUUCUCCGGAGGACUCAAUGAACUAAACAGUGUACCUCAGAAGGUUCGAGUGAUGUACAGCUCGUUAAACUUCCGCGAUGUGAUGAUCGCUACUGGUCGGAUUUCUUCGGAUAGUAUGGACUUGGACCGGCUGGAAAAGGAAUGUGAACUAGGUUAUGAGUACUCCGGUAUUACGGAAGAUGGACGCCGUGUGAUGGGCAUGAUGAUGUCCGGCGCCUUGGCUACGAUGGUCAGCUGCGAUCCGUAUUUGGUUUGGGAAGUUCCAACGGAUUGGAGCUUGGAGGAGGCUGCUACUGUUCCAUUGGUUUACGCCACGGUCUAUAUGGCAUUUUUCAUCUGUGCCAACAUUCAACGGGGUGGCUCCAUUCUGAUUCACGCCGGUAGUGGAGGUGUCGGAUUGGCCGCUAUCCAAGUUGCGCUGGCCUAUGGAUUGGAGGUCUUCACGACUGUGAGUACUGAGGAGAAGAAGGAAUACCUGCUGGAAAACUUCCCAUCACUGGAUUCCGAAAAUAUUGGCAAUUCGAGAGACACUUCCUUCGAGCAGAUGGUGAAAGUCAGAACCGGUGGAAAAGGUGUGGAUUUUGUGCUGAACUCGUUGUCUGAUGAAAAGCUGCAAGCUUCAGUUCGGUGCUUGGGAGCAGGAGGACAUUUCCUGGAAAUCGGAAAAUAUGAUAUCUCCAAGAACUCACAAUUAGCCAUGACGUUGUUCCGCAAGGGCUUAACGUUCAGCAGCAUUAUGUUGGAUAUGAUGUUCCGCGAAAUUGUCCCCAGAAAACAGCACUUCCAAAUUAUCAUGGCCAGGGCGUUUGCGUCGGGUAUUGUAAAACCUCUGCGAACGUCCGUAUUCGAGGCGGCUGAACUGGAGAAGGCAGUUCGUUUCCUUGCCACGGGAAAACACAUCGGAAAGGUGCUGCUGAAGAUGCGAAACCGCGAACAGGACCAGGAAACUUUGCCCAUCCCGUACGUGCCUCGAGUUUACUGCAACCCGGAGCAGGUGUACGUGAUUGUGGGCGGUUUGGGAGGUUUUGGACUGGAACUUGCCGAUUGGUUGAUCAUCCGCGGUUGCCGCAAGUUAGUGCUGAGCUCUAGCCGAGGCAUUAGCAAGCCGUAUCAGCGGUAUCGAAUUGAAACAUGGCAAAGGUACGGAGUUCAGACCAUGGUUUGUACAUCGGAUAUCACCACCGAAAAGGGAUGUUACGAGCUUCUACAACAAUCGUCUUCGUUCGGUUCAGUUUGCGCUAUUUAUAACCUAGCGGUCAAGCUGAGGGAUUCGAUUUUGGAGAACCAGACGAUCGAGAUGUUUAUGGAAAGUUUGGCACCCAAGGCUGCUGCGACAGCCUUUUUGGAUAGGGCCAGUCGUGAGUUGUGCCCCCAGUUGAGGUACUUUGUGGUGUUUUCAAGUGUUUCCUGUGGUCGAGGUAAUGCAGGGCAGAGUAACUACGGCAUGGCGAACUCUGUGAUGGAGCGUAUCAUAGAACGUAGACAUGCGGAGGGUCUACCGGCCAAGGCAAUUCAGUGGGGAGCUAUCGGAGAUGUAGGACUGGUAGCAGAUAUGGCUGAGGACAAGAUUGAUCUGGAGAUCGGAGGAACUCUUCAGCAACGCAUUACGUCGUGCCUGCAAGAGUUGGAUAUACUGCUGACUACCCCAGAUCCGAUAGUGGCCAGCAUGGUCGUGGCAGAGAAGCGUUUGGGUAGUGGUUCAAAGAACAUCAUUGAAGCUGUCAUGAAUAUUAUGAAUAUUAGGGAGCUAAAAUCCGUUUCAAUGGAGAGCACAUUGGCAGAUAUUGGAAUGGACUCUCUAAUGGCUGUAGAAAUCAAACAGGUGCUUGAGCGAGACUUCGAACUUGUACUGUCUCCUCAAGAGCUACGAACACUGACCUUUGCCAAGUUGACAAAACUAGUGGAAGAAAAGAAGCAGAACUGUGAUACAGAAAUUCAAAACGAAGGUCCAGCUGUAACUGGAAUGCAAAUGCUGUUGCGAAAUCUAGGCAACGAGAGCAACAGCAAACGGACAAUUCUGAAGUUAGCUUCAGGCAAAUCGGAAGGCUGCCCAGUUUUGAUUGUUCCAGGUUUGGAAGGAGUUGCUGGUAAUGUAUGGGACAAAAUAGCCCAAAAGGUCAACGCUCCAGUUUACAUGCUUCAGCUGAUGAGUACAGUAAACUGUAACAGCGUUGCAGAAAUAGUCGAUACCGUUUUAGACGAACUGAUAAGUACAGUCUUCUCCCAGAGUACAGAGUACUUAAUCGCAGGAUACUCUUUUGGAGCAUUACCAGCUGUUGAAAUUGCCAAGCGUCUGCAGGCCAAGGGAAAGACCGGCAAAAUUUUGCUCAUAGAUGGAGCUCCGAAGUUCUUGAAGGUAUUAGCUAUAAGUUCGGUAGGCGGAGUUGCAACGGAUAGCCAAAUCCAAAAAAUGCUGAUGAGUGCAAUGAUCUCCAUUGCGCUACCAAACUUAGCAAUGGACAAAAUACGGUCCAUUUUUGAGCCGACUUCCUACCAGGCUCAAGUUGAAAAGUUCAUCGAGAUCUCGAAGAACCUUACAGAAUACUCUCCAGAUUACACCAGGAAGAUGGCAACGGCUCUGUUCAAGCGAAUCAAAAUGUCAUCCACGUACAAAUACGACGAAGGACGCUUCCUGAAUUCAUCGAUCGUUCUCGUUCGACCGACGGAAGUCUCUUGCACAGACAUUGAGCACGAUUACGGCCUCUCGGCAAACACCAGCGGUGAAGUGACAGUACAAACGAUUGAAGGAAGCCACAUGACAAUGUUGGAGAAUCCAGCUUUGGUGGACAUCGUCAACAAAUUCUGCCAAUAGUUGUUAUUUUUAGGGUGCAGUGAUAUUUUCUAUUAAA